AUGAUUCCACGAAAUCUUUUAUUCACCAUAUUUGCGUUUUUAUUGAUGGGAAUUUAUACGGAUAUUCAAACACAGUUUCAACCACUUCUUACGGAUUCAAUACAAUAUAUGCAUAAUAACACUCUACUAAAUCAUUAUGGAAUUCAACCGGAUAAAUUCAGUUUAUCAAUUAUCCAAUCUGUCACAGUUUUCAUUGGAUUUUCUGCAUUUGUGCCUGCAAUUUUUCUGGUUUUACCAUUAUCGGAUAAAUAUGGCAGGAAAUUGCUGACUGUUUAUAUGAGGUAAAAUUUUCAUUUAGAGUUUCAGAAAUAAUUUUUUUGAAGAUCUUUUGCUGGACUUUCGGGCUCAUUGUUUUGCCUUGGCGCAUAUUAUCUUUCCGCAUCUGAAUUAUUCAUGUGUAGCGAAUUUAUGUUGACCAUUCAAAUUCCAAUUCGAUCUUUUGUUACUGUUGUUUUUAUCAGUGAAUGUUCACCAGAUGAAUAUCGAGGUAACAAAUACAAUAAUGUUGAACUUUUGAGUUUUUUUUUUCUUUUUAGGUGCUACUUCUACUGCUACUGUUGUUCUCGAUAUAUUUGGCCAACUUUUGAUGUAUUUUAUAUCAUCACCUAAAAUUUUCGGUUCUCAUGAGAUGUGGUUUGUUUUUCCAACAAUUACUGGAGUAUUGUAUGUAUUGGAUAUUAUAUUCAUGAAUUAUUUUAACUUUUUCAGAACAAUAGCAGCUUUUUUGAUGACAGUAAGAAUACCAGAAUCACCGAAAUGGCUAGUAAAAAUGGAACGGUAUUCCGAAGCUCGAGAAGCAAUCAAGUUUUAUCAUGGUGAUAAUUGUGACACAAGUAAGUUUUGAAGUCAUUCCGAAUCCCUUAACAAAGCUUUUCUAAAGGAGCUGUAAUGGAUUCAAUGAUAAAAGAAGCUCAUAUAAUAACAAAAGAAAACAGGAUUUCCGUCCGCGAAUUGUUCAAGAAUCCAACUAUGCGAGAAGCAUUCUUCAUAGUAUUCUCUUUGAACACCCUUCAUUAUUUGAGUCCAAUUUCUGUGGAAAAAUUCUACACAAUGCAAAUUUUUACCUCAAUGGGUUUCAGUUUAGAUUUCGCUUUGACAUUCAAUUUUAUAAUUACAUUGAUCUUCAUUCCAUCUCGAUUUGCUGGAACAUAUAUUGUUGACAAAUUUGGACGACGUGUUGUUCUCUAUCUCUCUGGAACCAUCUUGUAAAUUCAGAAAAACGGGAAAACAUAAAAUGUAUAUAUAAUAUUGAAUUUUCAGAAUAAUGAAAACUUGGUCAAUGUUGAUUGCUGUGUAUCUGAAUUACGAGUUAACAAACUCCGGAAGUUUUGUAAAGAUAUUAUGUUUGUUUUGUGAAUAUUAGUUUUGCUAAAAAUUGUAAUUUUUACAGUUUUAUUUGGUUAUUCACUAUCCGAACUUUUUCAAGGGAUUGGUGGUAUUUCAUUGAGCUCAGUUUUAUUGAAUGAAUUAUUUCCACAAUCGGCAAAAAUUACAGUAGUGCAAAUUACCACACUUCCUUUAUUAUUUUCUAGUACUUUACCAGUACUAUUUUAUCCAAUGUUGAAUGCAAGUUGGCCACCAGCAUAUUAUAUUCCAUUUGUUUUUCUUCAACCAGCUAUUAUUUUAUAUCUUCUCAGGUUUGUGUACCCCACAUCCAUUAUCAUUAAAAUUAAAAUUAUUCAGAACUAUGCCGGAAACAAAAUCAAAGUCAGUUUAUGAAAUCAUUGACAGUCUCGAUCGCCAAAACAACGAAAAGAGUUUUUUAUUGAAGAAAAGAGUGAGUAAUUGUGCUAAUUCUCAACUAUCUAAAGCUUUUAGUCAUUCACAACUUCCUAUAACACUCGAAAAUAUGCAACCAUCAAAAAACCCAGGGUAGGUUUUUAUCAAGAUUAUAAUACACAAAAUGUCAUAUUUGUGUACUUGCAGGCAGUCACUCUUGAUCAUUUGAUGUGGAACCAGUGA